ACUGUGACCCUUUUGCUUGCUCCAGUAUAAAGUCCCAGAAUAGCACGCUCUCUUACAUUCUGCCCAAAGUUCACCGCACAGCACCAUGCCUGUGGAUUUGAGCGGGACCUGGGUUCUGGAGACAAAUGACAACUUUGAAGAGUACAUGAAAAUACUCAACAUCGAUUUGGUCACACGGAAGAUCGCGGCCCACUUGUCUCAAACCAAAGUUAUUAUCCAAGAUGGAGACAAGCUUACGAUAAAGACACUCAGCACCUUCAGGAACUACGAGAUAAGCUUGACAAUCGGGGAGGAGUUUGAUGAGUAUACUAAAGGACUGGACAACAGAAUGCUAAAGACUCUGGUCAGCUGGGAGGGCGACACACUGGUGUGCACACAGAAGGGAGAAAAGGCCAACCGUGGAUGGAGGCACUGGUUAGAGGGAGAUAAACUACACUUGGAGCUGUAUUGUGAAGAUGUUGUCUGCCAUCAAGUGUUCAAAAGAAAGCAGUAGUGCCUCAUUAAUAAAUAAUAAAGCCUCUGUUUGGUCAAUAAUAAUAACGACAAUAUAAUUAUAUGUAGUUUUAGUUGUAAUGACAGUCAUUUCUAUUAUACUGGGCAACAUGAAGCACUGAAAGUCAGGUAUUUUAUUAUCCAGCAGAAGACUGACAUUCAUGCUACUACAUUAUAGUGUAAUUACGAAGGCAAGACGACAGGAUGAAUUUAAACCUGUUGAAGUGACAACGUUCACACACAGGUUAAUAUCUGCUUUGGUGUAAAUUAAAAAAAAGGAUUUAGUGAGAUGUAAAGAUUUAUAGAUUUACACUGCUGUUGAUUUCAUGUGGAUUCGUUUACUAUGAGAGCAGCUGCUAAUAAAAAACUCAGAGCCUAGGUUAUUGGUUUUAAUCAACAGAAAAUAUAAUACUUUAAAAACAAAUAUCAACAUCAAAUCAGACAAAACUGACAUGUUGAUUAAAAUGUACAAUGCACUGAACUUGGAUAAAAAUGUCAGGAGUAAAAUAAAAUAAUUUUCACACCACUG